UAGAGUAUCAUCGGCUAUGUUUAGUCACAUUUUCAAAGAAAAAGAAAAAAAUUUAGUCACGGUAAGUAUGUUCAGUGGGAUUACUUAAAUUUAUCGUGUUUACAGCCCGAACUUAACGAUAGUGAGGAAAUUCGAGUUCAAAUCCUACUUCCGACUAACAAACUAACAGAAGAGAAUCCGUUGAUUUUCUCACAAAUUUUACAAGGAUGGUUCAGGAAUCCUUAUUUGAAGAACUUUACAAUGAGCUCUUUAAGUCUAGUGACUUUAAAAUUCCGACCACGAAGGAAAAAUCACAGCGUAUGCAGAAAAUUAUUCAAUCUCUGGACCUUCUCCAGAGUGAAUUCUGCGAAUCUUCAUUUAACGAGUUUAUGCAUGAGUGCUCCAAAUCCAUGUUAAAGAAGGCAAAGGAAGCCGCUGAAUCCGUAGCCGUGUGGAUUGUCUCGAAAAAACCACUGAUAGAAGGUUUAUUACAUAUAAUGGUUUUUCGUCAAUCAAACAUUGAUCUCGCCUUUGGAGAUGUACACAAUGAAGCUUCCAUUGUCAAGUUGGCAUUCCUAUUUCGCUUAUUCCUAUUGGAGCCCCCUGACAUUCUGCAUCUGAUGAACAAUCCCCAUUCACUGUUCAUUGUUCAAGCUGGAUUUCAGCUGUUUUUGGACCUGUUUGGCUCAAAGCUAAUGCCAUUAUUAUGUCAAGAUGGGAUCCUAUGGGAUGGUGCUUGGAAGUUAUUAGAAGACCUUCAGCAGCUAAAUGAGGAUGAAUGGGAUGCCUGUCUGGCUACAGUGCUACAUCAAAUUAUAUCCUUCUAUCUAUCAAAAGGUCCAACUGUUCUUCAGAAAGCUCCAAUGAAAUUCCUCAUACAACUUCUCGCAAAACCAUGUUUUGCAAGAAGUUUCCUUGAAUCAAUCACUCUCUUCCCUGAUUCAAGCAAUGUCAGUGCUGACAAAAUUGCAAUACAUGCAGCAUUGCAAAUAUUUGAGACAGUCUACAAGUCAAGCCCUCUGACAAUAGUAACUAAUUGUGCGUCAAAACUAGUUGAUCCUUACACAGAUUCAGCUCUCGUAAGGCUAGAAUGCUUAUCUUUGUUGGGGAAAAUCAGAUUGCACAUGGCAAGUGGUAUAAUCGAGCAUGGUGCUCUGCAAACAUGGCCAGCAGAAGCCAUUUACAAUAUAAUGACUAGUGUUCUCAGUGACUCAAGUGUACGAGUGAGGCGAUCUGCUAUUCAGCUUUUACUGCAGAUUGAGCCUCCAGAAGUGGAUGAAAAAGAACUAUUGUACACAGUCUUUCUGAAGACUCGCGAUCAAGACAAGAGAGUGAAGCUUUUGGCUUUCCAGAGGCUAAUAAGGUUUCCAAUGCAGCUUCUGUAUUCUAACUUUGAGGCAAGGGACUGGAAGCUUAUAUUUCAACAAGCGCUGGCAAAUGAAGGAUCACAUGUCUAUCACAUUGCAAAGGAUUUAUUACUCAAGUUUCUAUCCUCGGACUCAAUGCCACCAUCUCGGAGGCUCAAGAUGCUUGAUUUUGCCCACAAAGAUAAUUACAAGAAGUAUGGAAAGUUCAUAGGGAAUCACAUAGCUGAAAUUUUCGAAAUGGAAGUCAUGUUUCUUGACUUAUAUUCCUGUGAUGAUGAGAAUCAAAAUACAGAAACUUAGCAUAGAUUUGGAAUGAUGUGCAUAAUAUUUCUUCUACUUCUAUCCCUUGUGGUAAUCUUAUUAAUGCUAUCAUAUGAUUUUGAAGCACCUUAGAAUAUGGUGGCAUUUUUGUUUUUAUGAAAGGAGUAAAAAUUUAUUAAA